AUCCAUAGCGAUGCAGUAGCUUAAUGUAGUAGUUUGCUCUCUUACGCACGCAAACGUCGAAGCGUUGUUCAGCAGGGCGAGCAGCUUCCGGGUCUGUUGUUGGUCAUUCAGGCCUCAUACACUGGAAAUUGUCAUCAACCUGGACCGAUUAUAGUUGGAUGCAAAGCUUUUCAACUCGGUCAAAGACAGAAUGUCCGCAAGCAAGCCACACUUACGCGUACUCAUCGCAUAUUCACGCGGCAAUUGAUGCUCUCAUUACCAGAUAUGUCUCCAGCUAGUCGGAGGAGACUCGGACGUUUGCUGCUGGUGCUAUCAUGUGCGGUCCUGCAGCUCCAAGCACAGCUACCACGGAGACGGAGGUGUUCACGUUGUACCUUCAGCCCAUGUUUGCGGACCCCAGCUCUACAUGCAGCACGACCAUCACAAGCUCAUGGACGGGGCUUGUUUGCAAUGGAACGGCAUGGUACGGCGUGGGUUGCACGGGAGACGGAUCGGCCGUGACCAACAGCACGGGCAACGUGAACUCAAUAGCCCUGCCGAAUUGCUUCCCUGGAGGGGUCGGGGUCGCGGCGUCGCUGCCGUCUGAGGUCUCGGUCCUGACGGCUCUGACGCGGCUGGACCUCACGGGCAACAAGUUGAGCCCCAACAGCGGCCUACCAGCGGACUACUCUGCCCUGACCGGCCUGCGCCUAGUGGGCCUGGCGUCCAUGGAUCUGGAGGCGGGCCCGGUGCCCUCCAGCGGGUUCCCACAAGAGUGGUCCUCGCUUGUCGACCUGCAGCAGCUCGACCUGUCCAACAACCGGCUUUUAGGGGGAACCAUCCCCGCAUCCUGGGACAUCCUUGCAUCGGUCACGGCGCUGAACAUAGCAAACACGGCGGCCUGCGGCGACAUCCCCCCCACGCUCAGUAACUCCACCACUCCCUCCACCCUCGACAGCUAUUGCGAGCUGGUGAACUGUCGGCGCUACUUGGCGGAAACGCUGCAGCCUAUGAUCGACAGCCAGGUUCAGCCCGGCUCGGCCUGCAACCUCACCAGCGCGUGGCCCAGCAGCGGACGCAUUGACUCGUGGGCCGGCAUUACGGCCACUGCCACGACCGUGACUACUGGCACGCCCAUCAACGACGUCAUGAGUUUUGUGCUUAACGACUGCUAUGCCAACAACAGCAACUCGUUAAACGUGGUCCUGCCAUCUGAACUGACCUGCUUUAGCAGCCUUACGGAGCUACAGUUCAUGAGAAACAACGCCGCAGGCUCCCUGCCGGACGUUUGGACCCAGCUGACUCAGCUGCAGGCGCUGUGGCUAGCUGACAACAUUCUGUCUGGCAGCCUGCCGGCGUCCUACUCCGCGCUCACGGGGCUCACCAUCCUGAAAGUGCAUAACAACCUCUUCACCUCCUCGCUGCCGCCUGAGUGGCAAGCCAUGAGCCUCUUGGAAGAGAUCACCAUCAGCGACAACUACGACCUCAACGGGACCGUGCCUUCUGCAUGGGGCAACCUCACCAGCCUCACCAGCUUCUGGGCGUGGGGUGUGGGGGCCGGUGGCCAGCUGCCACCCUCAUUCAGCGCCCUGUCGCUUCUGUCGGAGCUCACGUUCGUGUCGGACACCCUGAGCGGCUCGCUGCCGAGCGAGUGGAGCACCCUGACUGCGCUCACGCUUUUGAACAUCGCCUCCGACCGGGCCACGUCGACUAUGACGGGGACGAUCCCCGACGUAUGGUUCGGUUUUGGUGGCGCGCCAGCAAUGUUCGCACUCCAGGACAUCACAAUCAGCAACACGGGCGUGUCGGGUGGACUGCCCACUGCGCUGUGGCUAGUCACUAGCCUCACCAAGGUGGACUUCUCGUUUAACCGACUGUACGGCGGCGCAUCUCCGACGGGCUUCCCCAUGGACUACAGCAUGCUAACAGGCCUCGUAUCGCUGAACCUCGCUGAUAACCUUUUCCUUGCGGUUCAUGCCGGGGGAAAUGCCUGGGCGCAUGUACGCGGUUGUGACUGGGCUGUUACGCCGGGCUCUGCCCUCACGUACCUCAACCUCCAGAACACGGGCGUAUGCGAGCCCUUCCCGGCGGGCCUAAGCAGCGCUCUCACGCCCGGCACAUCUGUCAACUCAUACUGCGAUGACCUGAGCUCGGCCUACAACCUGUUCACCAACUUCAAGCCCAUCUUCGACAGCACCACGCCCGGUGUGGGCUGUAGUCUGGCCUCGUGGGACUUGGGUGCCAACCCGCUCUGCAGCAACACCUGGUCAGGCGCGCGGUGCCAGGUCAGCCCAGCAGACAGCUCCGGCGUAAGCCUCGGAAGCCUGACGUCACUGGAGCUCCUUAACUGCAACGCUGGCGGCUCCCCGGUACACUUUCUACCGCGGUCGCUAACCGACCUCGGUGGCAGCCUCAGUAGAUUGGCCAUCUCCAACUCGGCCGUGACCGGAACGCUGCCAUCAGAAAUGGUCUAUCUGGGGCAACUCACCGAUUUGGACCUGUCGGGAAACUCGUUUACCGGCACACUGCCAGGGGAUUGGAGCAGCUUCGUGAACCUAUACUACCUCAAACUGAACAACAACCCCCAAAUCAACGGGAGUAUUCCGGACAGUUGGGGGUUUGGCUUGUACUCGCUCAUUCAGUUGAACCUCGGUUCAAUGGGGCUGCUUACGGGACCACUCCCGGACUCCCUCGCCUACCUCUACUCCCUGGAGGACCUUACAAUCCAGAGCAACUCGCUUUCGGGCACGCUACCUGCUUCGUGGUCCAGCAUUUACCGCCUCAGCAGCCUGGUGCUGGGUGCGGGCGGCAACGCGGGGCCUGGGCCCAGCAUCAACGGUGCCAUACCUCAAGAGUGGUUCUUGGGGGCGCCCCUGCCAUACCUUUGGAACCUGCGUAUUUCGAACACCAAGGUGACCGGACCUCUGCCGGAUCCUGGCAGCGCCUUUACAGCUGGACAACUUGGGCUGACAUCUCUGGACCUCAGUUCCAACCUACUCAGUGGGACCCUGCCCGAUUCGUACCAGGGCUUCUCCAUCCUGCAACGGAUAAUCUUAAGCGACAAUACCCAGGUCAGCGGAUCCAUUCCCACCAGCUAUUCUGCGCUGGCGUCGGUGGGGUUGGUCAGCCUGGACGUCACGGCCACCAGUGUGUGUGGCAGCAUCCCAAGCAGUAUCAACGGCGCGGUCACGCCGAACCCACUCCCGACGUGCCCGAGCCCACCUCCAGCACCGCCGACGCCACCAGAACCACCAAGCCCACCGCCCUCUCCAGAUCCCCCCUCCCCAGAGCCGCCGUCGCCAGCGCCGCCCAGCCCGGAGCCGCCUAGCCCUGUGCCGCCCAGCCCGCCUCCGUCUCCGGAGCCGCCGUCGCCAGCGCCGCCCAGCCCGGAGCCGCCUAGCCCUGCGCCAUCUAGCCCGCCUCCGUCUCCGGAGCCGCCGUCGCCAGCGCCGCCCAGCCCGGAGCCGCCUAGCCCUGCGCCGUCUAGCCCGCCUCCGUCUCCGGAGCCGCCGUCGCCAGCGCCGCCCAGCCCGGAGCCGCCUAGCCCUGCGCCGCCCAGCCCGCCUCCGUCCCCGGAGCCGCCGUCGCCAGUGCCGCCCAGCCCGGAGCCGCCUAGCCCAGCGCCGCCCAGCCCGCCUCCGUCUCCGGAGCCGCCGUCGCCAGCGCCGCCCAGCCCGGAGCCGCCUAGCCCUGCGCCGUCUAGCCCGCCUCCGUCUCCGGAGCCGCCGUCGCCAGCGCCGCCCAGCCCGGAGCCGCCUAGCCCUGCGCCGUCUAGCCCGCCUCCGUCUCCGGAGCCGCCGUCGCCAGCGCCGCCCAGCCCGGAGCCGCCUAGCCCUGCGCCGCCCAGCCCGCCUCCGUCUCCGGAGCCGCCGUCACCAGCGCCGCCCAGCCCGGAGCCGCCUAGCCCUGCGCCGCCCAGCCCGCCUCCGUCUCCGGAGCCGCCGUCGCCAGCGCCGCCCAGCCCGGAGCCGCCUAGCCCUGCGCCGUCUAGCCCGCCUCCGUCCCCGGAGCCGCCGUCGCCAGCGCCGCCCAGCCCGGAGCCGCCUAGCCCUGCGCCGCCCAGCCCGCCUCCGUCCCCGGAGCCGCCGUCACCAGCGCCGCCCAGCCCGGAGCCGCCCAGCCCUGCGCCGCCCAGCCCGCCUCCGUCUCCGGAGCCGCCGUCGCCAGCGCCGCCCAGCCCGGAGCCGCCUAGCCCUGCGCCGUCUAGCCCGCCUCCGUCUCCGGAGCCGCCGUCGCCAGCGCCGCCCAGCCCGGAGCCGCCUAGCCCUGCGCCAUCUAGCCCGCCUCCGUCCCCGGAGCCGCCGUCGCCAGUGCCACCCAGCCCGGAGCCGCCUAGCCCUGCGCCGUCUAGCCCGCCUCCGUCUCCGGAGCCGCCGUCGCCAGCGCCGCCCAGCCCGGAGCCGCCUAGCCCUGCGCCGCCCAGCCCGCCUCCGUCCCCGGAGCCGCCGUCGCCAGCGCCGCCCAGCCCGGAGCCGCCUAGCCCUGCGCCGUCUAGCCCGCCUCCGUCCCCGGAGCCGCCAUCGCCAGCGCCGCCCAGCCCGGAGCCGCCUAGCCCUGCGCCGCCCAGCCCGCCUCCGUCUCCGGAGCCGCCGUCGCCAGCGCCGCCCAGCCCGGAGCCGCCUAGCCCUGCGCCGCCCAGCCCGCCUCCGUCCCCGGAGCCGCCGUCGCCAGUGCCGCCCAGCCCGGAGCCGCCUAGCCCUGCGCCGCCCAGCCCGCGUCCGUCUCCGGAGCCGCCGUCGCCAGUGCCGCCCAGCCCGGAGCCGCCUAGCCCUGCGCCGCCCAGCCCGCCUCCGUCUCCGGAGCCGCCGUCGCCAGCGCCGCCCAGCCCGGAGCCGCCUAGCCCUGCGCCGUCCAGCCCGCCUCCGUCCCCGGAGCCGCCGUCGCCAGCGCCGCCCAGCCCGGAGCCGCCUAGCCCUGCGCCGCCCAGCCCGCCUCCGUCUCCGGAGCCGCCGUCGCCAGCGCCGCCCAGCCCGGAGCCGCCUAGCCCUGCGCCGUCUAGCCCGCCUCCAUCCCCGGAGCCGCCGUCGCCAGCGCCGCCCAGCCCGGAGCCGCCUAGCCCUGCGCCGUCUAGCCCGCCUCCGUCUCCGGAGCCGCCGUCGCCAGCGCCGCCCAGCCCGGAGCCGCCUAGCCCUGCGCCGUCUAGCCCGCCUCCGUCUCCGGAGCCGCCGUCGCCAGCGCCGCCCAGCCCGGAGCCGCCUAGCCCUGCGCCAUCUAGCCCGCCUCCGUCCCCGGAGCCGCCGUCGCCAGUGCCGCCCAGCCCGGAGCCGCCUAGCCCAGCGCCGUCUAGCCCGCCUCCGUCUCCGGAGCCGCCGUCGCCAGCGCCGCCCAGCCCGGAGCCGCCUAGCCCUGCGCCGUCUAGCCCGCCUCCGUCCCCGGAGCCGCCGUCGCCAGCGCCGCCCAGCCCGGAGCCGCCUAGCCCUGCGCCGCCCAGCCCGCCUCCGUCUCCGGAGCCGCCGUCGCCAGCGCCGCCCAGCCCGGAGCCGCCUAGCCCUGCGCCGUCCAGCCCGCCUCCGUCCCCGGAGCCGCCGUCGCCAGCUCCGCCCAGCCCGGAGCCGCGUAGCCCUGCGCCGUCUAGCCCGCCUCCGUCUCCGGAGCCGCCGUCGCCAGCGCCGCCCAGCCCGGAGCCGCCUAGCCCUGCGCCAUCUAGCCCGCCUCCGUCUCCGGAGCCGCCGUCGCCAGCGCCGCCCAGCCCGGAGCCGCCUAGCCCUGCGCCGUCUAGCCCGCCUCCGUCUCCGGAGCCGCCGUCGCCAGCGCCGCCCAGCCCGGAGCCGCCUAGCCCUGCGCCGUCUAGCCCGCCCCCGUCCCCGGAGCCGCCGUCGCCAGCGCCGCCCAGCCCGGAGCCGCCUAGCCCUGCGCCGUCUAGCCCGCCUCCGUCCCCGGAGCCGCCGUCGCCAGCGCCGCCCAGCCCGGAGCCGCCUAGCCCUGCGCCGCCCAGCCCGCCUCCGUCUCCGGAGCCGCCGUCGCCAGCGCCGCCCAGCCCGGAGCCGCCUAGCCCUGCGCCGCCCAGCCCGCCUCCGUCUCCGGAGCCGCCGUCGCCAGCGCCGCCCAGCCCGGAGCCGCCUAGCCCUGCGCCGUCUAGCCCGCCUCCGUCUCCGGAGCCGCCGUCGCCAGCGCCGCCCAGCCCGGAGCCGCCUAGCCCUGCGCCGUCUAGCCCGCCUCCGUCUCCGGAGCCGCCGUCGCCAGCGCCGCCCAGCCCGGAGCCGCCUAGCCCUGCGCCGUCUAGCCCGCCUCCGUCCCCGGAGCCGCCAUCGCCAGCGCCGCCCAGCCCGGAGCCGCCUAGCCCUGCGCCGCCCAGCCCGCCUCCGUCUCCGGAGCCGCCGUCGCCAGCGCCGCCCAGCCCGGAGCCGCCUAGCCCUGCGCCGUCUAGCCCGCCUCCGUCCCCGGAGCCGCCGUCGCCAGCGCCGCCCAGCCCGGACCCGCCUAGCCCUGCGCCGUCUAGCCCGCCUCCGUCCCCGGAGCCGCCGUCGCCAGCUCCGCCCAGCCCGGAGCCGCCUAGCCCUGCGCCGUCUAGCCCGCCUCCGUCUCCGGAGCCGCCGUCGCCAGCGCCGCCCAGCCCGGAGCCGCCUAGCCCUGCGCCGUCUAGCCCGCCUCCGUCCCCGGAGCCGCCGUCGCCAGCGCCGCCCAGCCCGGAGCCGCCUAGCCCUGCGCCGUCUAGCCCGCCUCCGUCCCCGGAGCCGCCGUCGCCAGCGCCGCCCAGCCCGGAGCCGCCUAGCCCUGCGCCGUCUAGCCCGCCUCCGUCUCCGGAGCCGCCGUCGCCAGCGCCGCCCAGCCCGGAGCCGCCUAGCCCUGCGCCGCCCAGACCGCCUCCGUCUCCGGAGCCGCCGUCGCCAGCGCCGCCCAGCCCGGAGCCGCCUAGCCCUGCGCCGUCUAGCCCGCCUCCAUCCCCGGAGCCGCCGUCGCCAGCGCCGCCCAGCCCGGAGCCGCCUAGCCCUGCGCCGCCCAGCCCGCCUCCGUCUCCGGAGCCGCCGUCGCCAGCGCCGCCCAGCCCGGAGCCGCCUAGCCCUGCGCCGUCUAGCCCGCCUCCGUCUCCGGAGCCGCCGUCGCCAGCGCCGCCCAGCCCGGAGCCGCCUAGCCCUGCGCCAUCUAGCCCGCCUCCGUCUCCGGAGCCGCCGUCGCCAGCGCCGCCCAGCCCGGAGCCGCCUAGCCCUGCGCCGUCUAGCCCGCCUCCGUCUCCGGAGCCGCCGUCGCCAGCGCCGCCCAGCCCGGAGCCGCCUAGCCCUGCGCCGUCUAGCCCGCCUCCGUCUCCGGAGCCGCCGUCGCCAGCGCCGCCCAGCCCGGAGCCGCCUAGCCCUGCGCCGUCUAGCCCGCCUCCGUCUCCGGAGCCGCCGUCGCCAGCGCCGCCCAGCCCGGAGCCGCCUAGCCCUGCGCCGUCUAGCCCGCCUCCGUCUCCGGAGCCGCCGUCGCCAGCGCCGCCCAGCCCGGAGCCGCCUAGCCCUGCGCCGUCUAGCCCGCCUCCGUCUCCGGAACCGCCGUCGCCAGCGCCGCCCAGCCCGGAGCCGCCUAGCCCUGCGCCGUCUAGCCCGCCUCCGUCCCCGGAGCCGCCGUCGCCAGCGCCGCCCAGCCCGGAGCCGCCUAGCCCUGCGCCGUCUAGCCCGCCUCCGUCUCCGGAGCCGCCGUCGCCAGCGCCGCCCAGCCCGGAGCCGCCUAGCCCUGCGCCGUCUAGCCCGCCUCCGUCUCCGGAGCCGCCGUCGCCAGCUCCGCCCAGCCCGGAGCCGCCUAGCCCUGCGCCGUCUAGCCCGCCUCCGUCUCCGGAGCCGCCUUCGCCAGCGCCGCCCAGCUCGGAGCCGCCUAGCCCAGCGCCGUCUAGCCCGCCUCCGUCUCCGGAGCCGCCUUCGCCAGCGCCGCCCAGCUCGGAGCCGCCUAGCCCUGCGCCGUCUAGCCCGCCUCCGUCUCCGGAGCCGCCGUCGCCAGCGCCGCCCAGCCCGGAGCCGCCUAGCCCUGCGCCGUCUAUCCCGCCUCCGUCUCCGGAGCCGCCGUCGCCAGUGCCGCCCAGCCCGGAGCCGCCUAGCCCUGCGCCCCCUUCGCAUGCUGCGCCGUUGCUGAACCCGCCCAGCCCUGCCCCGCCUUCGCCGGAACCUCCCAGCCCUGUGCCGCUUUUACCACUUCCGAACCCGCCUUCUCCGGAGCCUCCUGCACCCCCAUCUUCGCCUCCCACACCAAAUCCAUCACUUCCGUCGCCAAACCCGGCGCCACCAGACCCUGCGACUCCAGCUCCGCGCAGCCCGGAGCCGCCCAUACCGGUACCUCCCAGUCCCCCGAGCCCCCUUCCUCCCAGUCCAAGUCCAUUUGCAGCCGCCGGCUCUGACGUGUUCAUAGACGUGAACUUCCAGGGUGUGAACCUGCCAGACGUCAACCAGACCAAGUUUGCACAGCAGAGCUGCACCGAGCUGCAGACCUCCACGGCCGCCUUCAACUGCGUGAACAACAAGCUAGUCUCUGGAUCCAUCAUCGGCGGUUACGUGCUCACCGCCCCGCCGGGCACGCCCCUGGACGUGUUCUACACAGUCGUGCAGACAGCCGUGACGACCGAUCCCGCGUCACUCUUCUCGGGCUCCUUCCUGUCGGCGUACGGCAUUUCAUCAGUCAGUGGGACGGUGCUCCCUGGAGCCGCUGUGCCACCGUCGCCUCCAACGCCGAGCCCGCCUCCUUUGCCCCCUUCACCGCCGCCACCGCCUCCCCCGUCGCCGCCUCCACCUCCUCCCCCGCCGCCACCCUCACUGCCGCCGCCUGACCUUUCACCUUCACCACCGCCGCCGUCUCCGGCGCCACCACCCCUCACGCCUCCAAGCCCUCCACCUCCCAGUCCGGUGCCGCCCUCACCCGUACCCCUUCCGCCGCCGCCCUCUCCACAGCCGCCGGUCCCUCCACCCCUGGUGCCGCCCACCUCGCCCUCUCCGCGGCCGCCGUCUCCCUCGCCUCCGCCCCCUCCGGCGCCCUUCCCACCGCCAUCACCUCCUCCGCCGCCAGGGCAGUUCGUCUCCGGCUAUGAGGUGACGUACACACCCACGUUCUGUGCCGGCCUGGCGUCCGACACAGGCUUCAACGUUUUCGAUCCAUCGGCCCUGGACCAGUUCGGCCGGAUCACCGCGAUCACAUUCGUGCACGAUGCGGCGAUUCCGGGAGUGGUCGUUGCGGUGAAGCUGGUGUACGGCUCUGGGUCCGCGACACACACAGACGUCCUGGCUGGCAGCGUGUACGACCCCAGCAGCCCCACGCUCUCGCUUAGCACCGUGCGGCUGGUCUCAUCUGGCGGCUCGGCCCUGCAGACCCUGUCCGUGUGCUGCACAGCCACCGGCUCAGUCGCCCAGCUGGCUGUGGGAUUUUCAGAUGGCACCGCAGCCUCGACGGGCCUGUGCCCGGCGGGCGCGCGGCGCCGUGUGCUGCUGCAGGCCAGAGUGGGCGCCGGCGGCGGCAGCGCGGGCGUGCCGAGUGGGGCUGUGGUGGGCGGUGUGCGUGGCGGUCGAGGCGCGGGCGUCAACAGCAUCGGAUUUGCGCUCGCCGUAAAGAAGCCGUACCCGCCGCCAAGGACUGUGCCCUUCCCGCCGAGCCCCGCACCGCCCUCGCCGGAGCCCUCGCCUCCGCCCGGCCGGCGGCGCCCACCGCCACCAAAUGCGCCCUCGCCGCCUCCGCCGCCACCACCCUCGCCGCCUUCACCUCCACAGCCGGUCGCCCCUGGAGCCCCCGCCAGGCCUCCCCUGCCGCCUCGCCCGCCCUCACCCCCGCCGCCGCCUCCCUUCCUGCCCAGCGUACCGCCUUUGCUACCACCACCGGUCGGCACGCCGGCAGCGCCACCCUCACCACCGCCGCCCCCGGCACCCACAACGCAGUCCGUGCAGGUUGCUUUCCAGGUGUCCGCCAAGGUGGAUUACACGCGGAUCGUCGCGAACGUGCCCCCGCAAGUGCCCAACACCGUGCCUGCAUCAACACUGGUCCUGCUCGGCCCGGCGGUGCCCAUUGUUCGCAACUCGCUGGCAGAUCCCUUGAUCGCCUCCACACUUUACGGCCGCGGUCGCGUGGCGGCCUUUGGUGGUGAGAAGAUGAUCACGGGCUGCUGCAAGCCCAGGGGCAAGCCCACGCCCUCAGACCCGUCCCUGGACACGAUCAUCGUCAAUGCCGCCGACUGGGCAGCCUGGUACGGCAAGAAGGUUGGCAAGGCCAUCAUUCGUGUGGCUGACACCCGCUACAUGCCCAUGGCCAAGUACGUCGUCAAAAAGCGGCCUGACUCUUUCGACACUCUUAAAAGCGCGAAGAUCAAGUCCUACUAUCUGUCCCUAAAAGCCUUCCUUAAAGAUGGACACAAGGCCUGCGACUUAUACGUCAUCGGCUCGUAUGACAUUCAGUACCUGGAGCCGCGCGUCUCGCAUUUCCUCCAGGAGUUUGUCAACUACGGCAAGGGCCUCAUCGUGGUCGGCCCCGAUGUCAUGCCGUCCAUCUUCUACCCGGGCUCUUUGGCGGCGCCGUCCCUGGCGCCCUCAACCGCCGGCCGUCGUAGCAUGCUUCUGCAGCGUGCGGCCGUGCUGCUUGGAGACGCCUUCGAGCCCGAUGUUACCGAUGCUGGUGACAAUUUGUCCGACCCUGACGCUGGCGUGGACCUUCGCCAUCAGCUCCAUCGCGAGAUGGCGGCUGCCCUGGUGCGGCGGCGGGAGCUGCAGCAGUCAGGUAGCAGCAGCACCGGCAGCAGCGCCCCGGGGAAUCCGCUGUUCAACUCGACCAGCAUUCCAGUGAACCAGGUAUCGGGUCCCAUGGGGCUGGUGUUCAGCGGGUACGUGUCCGACCCCGGCGGCAACCUGACUGUGACCAGCCCCAGCGAGCUGCAGAACGCCGAGCUGGCGGCCAGCCAGUAUGUGGAGUACCUGCAGGGCCGGAUGCAGCUGACAAUUCCGGAGCUGUCGCUCGCCGUGUCCACCAUCACCAAGGCUCGGGCGUCAGUACCUCGAGGAACCCCCGGCGCCUCGCGUUUUUGGGACCUGUCGGAUGAGGCUACCGUGCUGUCUGGAAAAGCACCAGCCCUGCCGCCUCUGUUCGGGGCUCCGCCACCACCACCGCAGCUGCGGCCGCCGCCGCCUCUACCUCCGCCACGGCCGCCGCCGCCAAGCUUCCUGCCCCCGCUGACCGCGUAUGUGGGCUGUUUCUUUGAGGCGGCAUCGCGCCGCGCACUCAACACAACCCUGCUCACGGGAACCGGCGUCAGCGUUGACAGCUGCCUCGGCGUCGCGACCAACGUCAGCAACCCGAACAUGGUGGGCACGACGUUCCUGGGCCUUCAGCGUACCGCCUGUUUUGGCGGUCGUGAGCUCAGCGCGUCCUUCGUGGCCGCACAGAUUGCGGAGGCCGCCUGCCCCGUGUCCUGCCCUGCCGCGUCCAACCAGAAGUGUGGUGGCAACGCCAAUGCCACCGGCAUCCCAGUCAGCGUGUACCGCAUCCUGUCUGCCGCUCCGCCGCCACCGCCCGCCGCGCUGUCGCCACCACCAUCGGUGACAGGAGCAAUCCCACCGGUGCCGCAGCCGCGUCAGCAGCCACCCUCGCCGGCACCGCGCCCGCCGGCGGUAUCGCAGCAGCCACCGCCUUCGCCAGCAGGGGCCAAGAAGAGGAAGCGGGUCCUCAUGCGCGCUUAUUAGAGCGCUAAACAGAUGAACUGGGGUGGCCAGCCCCUCGUCUUGAGUCUAUCAGUAGUUUAUUGUCGCAUUUGGAGAAUGUUACGAGUGAGUGAUGUUGAAAACGUUGUGCCACCACGGCCGGAUGCAGCACGUCGGAUGCGUCGUAUUUGACUUGGCCCAUUGUCCGUUUCUGUUUAUGCGCUGAAACCCAGUGACCUAUGCACCAGAAGAUUAUCGCUUUCCGUAUUCGCAGUUGUAGGGCUUUGCAGGCAAGUACUUUUCGUGAUAUUAAGCAGGCCUCCUCUUGCGCUGCGUUACAGUGCAGAGGGUGCUAGGCCCGGUGCGCUCCCAUGCAUGGAGGUGGAACGCACUGCCAUGCAUGCACACACGCAGCUCAACGGAUGGGCGCGUAAGGCUGAGCGAAGGUCCUGACGCGAAAUUGGGCCGCGGGAUAACAUAUUUAAGUGGCAUUGGGUGAUUGCUUGGGUAUCGUCUUAUAGUUGCAGUAUAACAUCAGGCAGAUGCCUGCAAUUCGUGUGACACAUUUUGGUAGCCCAGCGUGGUGGAAAGCGAGGGAGUGACAGCAAGGCGCUUUUCCGUCUUCAGUCUCAUGUGUCUGCAGCGAACCAUUGUGGGUCCUAGGUUGAUGUGCAAACCCAUUUAUGGAAGUAAAAGCAGCAAUUGUGGCAAUAUGCAUGGCGUGCACACUGUACGGUAUGCCCUCCGUAAGGGUGAGAUGCCCAGAGGCCGUAAGCAAGUUGGUCAGUGACAGUGCGAAGUCCGCAUCUUGACUCUACUUCAUACAUGUCCGUUGGGUGUAAAUGCAUGCUCUG